AUGAAUCAAGGAGAAAUUAUUUCAUCACUUACACGGAAAAUCCAAGAUAAAAUAAGAGCACUGGGCCCUACAAAUAUAUCUCGAUGGAAUUCAUUCUGUGGCUUUGAUGAAAUGACUCAGUCACAAUUUGCACAAAGAUCUACCUCAUUAGGCGUCAGAGUUAACAAAGAAGAUAUUCAAGCAAUAUGGAAAGAAUGCGGUAUAAAAGAAAAUAUUAUUGAUUUUAAAUCAUUUGUUCGGUUUAUUUCUUUAAAUAGAACAACUAUUUUCAAUUUACCUGAGAACACAGAAAGAACACGGCAAAGGUUGAUUCAAAAAUUCCUACAAUAUGACUCUAGAGCUACUGGAUUCGUUUCAAUUGAGCAAUUUGAUGACAUUGCACACGAUUUUUCAAUAAUGUAUGAAAAUUGCGAUAAAUAUGAUACUAAUCAUGAUGGAAGAUUCAAUUAUUUCCAAUUCAUGUCAGAUAUUAAUAGCCAAAAUCAACCUCAAUCGCAAAAACUUCCAGAAAAGCCUACUUCUACUGAAAAGAAGGAAGAAACAGCUAAAAUUGAAACCGAGACAAAGCAAACUCUUGUCCCUCCUAAGCAUGUUGCAGAUAUUCCUUCUGUCAACGAAACUCAAUCUCGAUUACCUGCUUAUUUUGUUCCUUCUAUUGCAAAAUUAUCAAGUCCCGUUGUUGAUAAAAUUCCUGAAGAAAUAAAUGUCAAAGAUACAGUUCUUUCUCCCGAAGAAAUCUAUGAUGGGCAGACUGCAGUAAUAAACCUUUCAAAGCUUGCUGUUUCUUACAAGAACAAUCUCUCUGAAUUAUGCAAUGAUGUUCAAUUCGGCGAUAGAAUAACAAUUGCUAAUUUAUGUCGUUUACUUCGAACAAAUUUCACUGAUUCUCAAAUUUUAUACAUUACGGAAGAAUACGGUGAUCCAAUGUCUCGCUCAUCGCUUUUCAGACUUGUUGCUGAUGGGGAUAAGUUCGAAAAAGCAAGGCAAUUGAAAGGCCAAAAACCAUUUGAUCUGCAAGAGUCUGAGAUAGAGGCUGUUUUGAAGUGGCUUAGAGAUAACUCUAAUGGAUGGAAUUAUAAGGAAUUAAUUAGAGCCAAAUCUGCCGAAGAAGCUUCUUUGAUGUUGGCAAUGAAAUCUAUAUUCAUUACAGCAGAUGAUCUGAGACCAGCUUAUAACAAGUACAGAAGAGCUUUGCCUGAUGUGAUAUUCAGACAUGGCCAAAAUCAGAAUUGA